AGCAACAAGAACACACAUCCACAUACAGCAGCAGCGACCAGCACCAGAUCUGCAGCAGCACUAUACAGUCCGCUGGCUCUAGCAGUGCAGGUUGGUCAGAGCCAGGGAGCUGCCAUUGGCUGACUGCUGGAUUGGAUCAUCCCUGAGCUCGCACACAAAACCCGGCCAAGCAGCUCCUCUCGCAGCAGCAGUGACAAGCCUGGCAAAGGUCCGCCGGGAAGCACAGAAAACCAUUACAGAGGCAGCGGGGACUGACCAUCACUCUGUCAUGCACAGGAUCACUAUGUUCACAUAAUAUCUGCACCGAUAUUGAUACAGUAUCUUUUCUAAUUAUUUAUUAUAUACUUUUUUUUUUUUUAUUAAUUUCUAAGCACAUUUCUGGUAAUACAUCGGUGGAUUGUAAAUUAAUAAAAUAUAUUAUUAUUAUUGAUUGUUCUGACAAAAGUGAAUGCGAUCCCUUCAUCAGUGUGGACUGUGCUGACUUCAGGUAGUUUGUCAUACACUUAUACCUGUCUUCGUGCGCUAACAUCUGGAGAUGGCCACUGAGUGCCCCCUCUGGGUCCUGCUGUGGCUGGGGUGCAGCAGCUGCCUGUGCCUUGGAGAACUGCUAAAGGAAGGUCUGGCUGGCAUCAGGAGUGCUGGCUCCGGGACAGUGCUGGGUGCAGGUGACCAUCAGAAGCACGAAGAGGCUGUGCUGCCUAUGGGGGACACAGUGUCCGAACAUAUGCUUAGGCUGUAUGAUAAAUUCCGAGGCGGCGGAGGAAGGGGCAGAGACAGCUCCAGGCAUCAGCUGCCCCUGCAGGACGGUAAUACAGUGAGAAGCUUCCGAGCCCUGGCUGGGGACAUAGAGAAUUCAAGUCGACACAUUUUCAAUUUGACCUCACUUACGUCUUCGGAAAAUAUACUGUCGGCUACAUGUCAUUUUUACCUGGGAGAUAUUUUAAACAGCAGCUUAAGAUGUCUACAUUCACCCCAGUGCCAUCGACGUGGGCACAGAAAGCCCGAACUAUCCAUUGAUUUAACAGUGUCCAGUUUCUCAUCUCUUGAGAACCAAACAAGAGUUUUGGGAAAUUUUCUUAUAAACAUUUCUACAUCCUACCGUGACUUUCCUUCUUGGCAGUGGAAGGACAUUACUCAAGUCUUACGUGAGGCCAAACGAUAUGGAGAAAACCUCAUUGGAAUCAACAUAACUAUUGAUACUCCAACUCAACGAAGGAAGCAAAUCUUAGGACAUAAGCCUUAUAUCUUGGUAUAUGCUAAUGACUCUGCCAUUUCUGAACCUGAUAGUGUUGUUUCCAACUUGCAUGGACAACACAGUCCUAGAGUUCAAAAAACACAUCAUAAAGUUGGACUGGUAGAGCACAGGAGUAGACGAUCAACUGAUAUUCUGUUACCACUGCAAAACAAUGAGCUACCGGGUGCUGAGUACCAGUAUAAUGAAGAUGAAGAGGGUUGGGAGGAGAAGAAGCCCUACAAAACACUUCAAGUACAGCCAGCAGAGAAAGGAAAAGCUAAGAAAAAGCUAAGGAAAAGUGGGCGACAGAAAAGCCAAACACUACAGUUCGAUGAGCAGACCCUGAAAAAAGCGAGAAGAAAGCAGUGGAAUGAACCACGAAAGUGUGCACGGCGCUAUCUUAAAGUAGACUUUGCAGACAUUGGCUGGAGCGAUUGGAUUAUUUCCCCUAAAUCCUUUGAUGCAUAUUAUUGCUCAGGUGCAUGCCAGUUCCCGAUGCCAAAGUCCCUGAAGCCAUCAAACCAUGCCACUAUCCAGAGCAUUGUUCGUGCAGUGGGUGUAGUGCCUGGUAUUCCUGAGCCCUGUUGUGUCCCGGAAAAGAUGUCUUCUCUCAGCAUACUCUUCUUUGAUGAAAAUAAAAAUGUCGUGAUCAAAGUAUAUCCCAACAUGACAGUGGAAUCCUGCGCCUGCAGAUAACAUCUCAAACCUUCAAUAGUGUUUAAAGCAAUCUUCGUAUUUGCACUUUCAGUACAACCAUUUCCUUAAAUGUUAAAGUUUAACAGAGACAGUAAUGCAAAACUAUAUAGAUUACAAACACUGGCAAUGGACCUCUGCUGCAUGCAAGUCGUACAACACAAGAAGAUAAGCUCCCGUUUAAAAUAAGCUCAUAAAUAGGAGUUUUUUACUUUUCCAAAGACGCAUAUAUUUUUGUAUCGGGGAAAAACAACGGAACUGUAAACAGCUGGAGCUGUAACGUGCCUUCAGAUUCUCAGCAUUCACUUGGCUAUGAUCUUUUCAUCCUAUAUAUAUGUACAGUCCAUACAUUUCUUGUGUCUGUUACACACGUGUUACCAUAGAACAGGAAGUUUAAGAUUUGAUACUUAUCAGUACUAGAGGAGCGUCCUUUGCUGCAUGAUAGCAAGUGUAAAUAGUUUGAAAGCAAACAUUGAAAGUGGUUUGUAACAAGGAGUUUGUGUAACAUAAUUGAAAACUUUAUUGAUUUUACUUUUUUUUAACCAGCACUUUUUUUUCAGUAGUGUAAACAAAUUGUAUAAUGGACAUGACAGAGGAAAAUUGUGUAAAAUAAACAAUAUUUAAUUUUGUUAUACUGUACCACACAAAAUAAAUCUGCCUGCUGCUUCUCUAUGAGGAUGCACAAUGUAUUGUCAUAUGUAUAUGGUUUUCUUGUUAGACCACUAUUUUCAUAUGUGUGAGAAUUACGUUCCCACUUACUCAAUACUUAAGGGUAACUCAGUUUUACAAAAAAGAGGGGUACUGAUUAACAGUAAAACGUGGAAGUAGAACAUUACAACCAAUUAUAUUUUCUUUCAGCAUUCUAACUUGUAUUUCACUCAUCAAAGCUUACUGCUAAUGAAUUAGUACGAGUGACAUCAAUAUUACGUCUAUGAAAGUAAAAAUAAAAAUCCCCGCCAAUGGUUUAAAUAAAUAAGACAACAGAUAAGAGCAGUGUUAUCCUAACACCAGGUGAGAAUUACACAGGCACAGGGCAGCAAUUAAGAAGUUCUUAUGCUGCCCUUUAGACCGAUUCAGUAUGAUAUCCCAUCCCAAUAUCCCGACAGUGGCAUCCCGACCAUCAGAAUCCUGACAGCCCCCCAGUAAGUACCCUAACUCUCCCCUGUUCCCUACCCUAACCCUCCCUUGUGGGUGCCUAACCCUAACACUCCCCAGUAGUGCCUUCCCCUCCCUUCCCCGCUGCCUAACCCUAACCCACCUCGCUUGGUGCCUAACCCUAACCUUCUCUUCUAAGUGCCUAACCUUAACCCUUUCCCCAUCCCCGGUAACUAACCAUACCCUUUCCGUCCCUGUACCCUAACCCCCCUUCUAAUGCCUAUACCUAGCCCAUCAGCUGCCCACGCCCCCACACCGUGCAGCUGUAAGAACGAUCAGGAUUUUGGCUGCCGGUGUAUUAACGCCGGCAUCCCAAGCUCCGUCGGCAUUUAGAUUCCGGGCUUAUGGCGUUCUUCAGGAUUGUAGCGGCAGUAUUUUGACCGUCGGGAUCCCGUCCACUGGGAUAUUACCUGCACUCUGCAUGUGCAACCUGCAUGUGCUCCUGUUUCUCUCCAAUAUCUUUGUUAGUUUUCAGAUAAUUUCAGGCAGAUGCACUGUGUCAUGUGUACACUUAUCACCUGCAGUUUGCCCUUCACUUAUUAAAAUAGUAGCUGAGAGGUAGGUGAGGAUAGGAAGUAUCCUACUCUUAAUCAACCUUCGCUACUUACACUGUUCAUGAUCAUGUUGCUAAUAUAGGAGAAAGUGCAGGUGAUUGGAAUGUACAGCACGGGUGUGGUAUAGAAGAUCUACAAUGUCUAGGUCGACAGUCAUUAGGUCGACCCAUAUGGUCGAUAUGUAUUGUCAACACUGACAAAGGUCGAAACAUGAAAAUGUUGACAUGUACAAAAGGUCAACACAUGAAAUGGUUGACAUGGGAAAUGAUUGACAAAAAAGUCGACACAACUUUUUUAAAAAUAAUUGUGUCGUUCACUCUCAGAGGUGUGUCUACCAUUGCCAUGCCAACCAUUGGAACUUGUCGACCUUUGCAUCAUGUGGCAUGAGGUAGAGGAAAUACCCUUCUAUGGCAUAGGUGGCCUUCACUGGGUAAAAUAUUCCUUAACAUUUUUUGUUAACAAUAUUAUUACAUAUUGAAUAGAUUUGUAUUUUGAGCUGCAUAUGAAAUAGUUUGCUUACAAGUGAAAUAUAUAGAUUUGCUAAUAUGCCCCUAUAGUAAGUUACAAUGAUUUUAGAAGUCAUACAGCUGUGAUGUGCGGUCAGUGAGGCAGGGGAGGUAGAGCUUCACCUGUCAUACCCCAAAGCUUUGAUUAUAAAAGUGAUUAGAAUAAUACUUAUAAUAAAUAUCAUCUUUCUAUUAUUCUAAUCAUUUUUAUAGUCAUAGAUGUAUUAUUCUAAUCAUUUGUAUGUGUGUAAUUCUGGUUAUGAUACGAGCCAGUGCCUCCCUAAGCCAUUGUCCUGCACGUCACUGUAAUUCAGGAUAUAUCGGAUACAUAAAGAUAUGUUAGGGGUAUGUAGCAAAAAUACCAGCUGGGAUACAGGCUCUGAGAAGAACCUAUGUCUACCAAGAGAAAAUGUAAAGUGAUCACUUACUGUACACAGGGGUCUAUUCAUGAAGCCGUGAAAAGAGUGGAGAAGUGAGCCAGUGGAGAAAUUGCCCAUGGCAACCAAUCAGUGUUGACGUAACAUUUAUAAAGUGCAUUCUAUAAAAUUAUACGUAGCAGCUGAUUGGCUGCCAUGGGCAACUUCUCCACUCGCUCACGUCUCCACACUUUUCACUGCUUCAUGAAUAGACCCCAAUGGGUUUUUUUUUAUAAAAACAACUGUCACUAGAAAGUUAUCAGGGGUAAAAAAUGUCAGCUCACAAUAAAAAACAGGUGCCCCUUAUACAGCCAACUGCAUGGGAUUUACUUUACAUGUGACAACAUUUCUAAAAGCUGUUAAACAUUUUACAAACUUCAAACAGACACGUUAACUGAUUGACUCAUAAACUGACCUCUCAUUUUUAAAAUGAAAGCAUUAAGACUAUAACUAUAAGAUCUAUACAUAUAUCAUACAUUGUCCAAUACACUAAUAAACAUUAAUAUAUUACAAGAGCAUAGCCUAACCCUUAGCAAUAAAUGUAAACACUUGCAUAUUUGUCAUAAAUUUGUAAGAAGGAACUGGCAGAUUAUUUUAUUUAUUUUUUAUUUAUUUUAUUUUUAAUAUUUUUGCUCAGCACUGCUGCUCGGUGUGUCCCUGGAAGUGCUCCUACUUAUACUCUCUUCAUAAAUCUAUUAUAUUGUCACAAUUUCUCCCUGGAAUCUUUUUGUUUUAUUUUUAUUUUGCUUAUUGUUUUGAUAUUUUUCCAAAUUUGCAAUCAGGUUUUGUUUCUGAAGAGACCAGGGAAUUGUCUAGCUGUAAGAAAACAUGUUUCAUAUAGCAUUAUAAAAUGUUCUGUUAUGUCAAUAAAUGUAUAAGCGAUUUUUA